AUGGCUACAUAUAAUGUGCUUGGGGAAAUAUCUACGUUUGAUGAAAAUGAAACGAUUAUUUCUCAUCAGUAUUCGAGAAUUAGAAAAAUAGAAAAUAUUGAGAAAUGCAAAAAGUUAAUGACACUUCAAUUAAUUUCGAACUGCAUUGAAAAAAUCGAAAAUUUGGAAAACAAUAUAGAAUUGGAACACCUCGAAUUAUAUGAGAAUUCUAUUAAAAAAAUUGAAAACAUAUCGAUGCUAAUAAAUUUAAAAGUCCUAGAUCUUUCAUUUAACAAAAUUAAAGUUAUUGAAAAUUUAGAGGCACUAGUAAAUUUAGAAGAAUUAUAUUUGUCUAGCAAUAAAAUAUCAAAGAUUGAAAACCUGGAGAACUGCAAAAAUCUGAGACUAUUAGAAUUAGGAUAUAAUAAAAUACGUAAAAUUGAAAAUAUAGAGAAUUUGAAAAAUUUAGAAGAAUUAUGGUUGGGUAAGAAUAAAAUAGAACAACUCGAAUUACCAGAAUUACCAAAAUUAAAAAAAUUAAGUUUACAACAUAACAGACUAACAAGCUGGAAUGAAAAAUCUAUUAAUAAUGUUUUAUCACUAAAUGAGUUAUAUUUAAGUUAUAACAAAUUAAAUGAUAUAAAUGAUCAGAUCAAAGAACUAAAAUAUCUUAAAGUUUUAGAUUUAGCAUAUAAUGAAAUAGAAAAUAUAUUAAUAUGUUCUGAAUUAAAACAUUUAGAAGAAUUAUGGUUGAAUAAUAAUAAUAUUAAAAGUUUAGAUAUGGUUAUCAAAUUAAAAAGUAAUGAAAAUUUAAAAACAUUAUACCUAGAAAAAAAUGAAAUACAAGAAAGUUUAAAAGACACAUAUAGAGAACAAAUUAUAUCAAUCCUACCACAAAUACAGCAAUUGGAUGCUCUCAUGGUAUCCCCAAUUAAUCUAUUAAAGAAUAAAUAA